AUGGCGGUGGCGCUGGAUGCAGUGUGUGUGCGGGUGAAGGGUGUAUGCAAGCAGAAUGGCCUGCUCAUCCUCUCCGUGAUGGCCGUGGUCAUCGGCUGUCUGCUGGGAUUCUUCCUGCGCACCAAGCAGCUCUCAGAGCAGGAAGUGAAAUAUUUCCAGUUUCCUGGGGAGCUUUUAAUGAGGAUGCUGAAGAUGUUGAUUCUACCUCUCGUUGUUUCCAGCCUGAUGUCAGGGUUGGCGGCACUGGAGCCAAAAUGUUCCAGCAGGUUGGGUCUGAUCACCAUCUCCUAUUAUUUAUGGACCACCUUCCUGGCGGUGGUCGUGGGCAUCGUCAUGGUGUUGAUCAUCCACCCCGGAGGUGUAGCUCAGAAAGAGGACUCGGAGGACAGCAGCAAACCCAUAAUGAGCUCCGCCGACGCCCUGCUCGACCUCAUACGUAACAUGUUCCCAGCCAAUCUGGUUCAAGCUACAUUUCAGCAGUAUCGCACUAACAGCGUUCCCGUCAUGAAGACUGUAAAGACGACGGAGAGCUCGAGUGUGACACGCCGCACCCUCGUGUACCAGCUCCAAGACGAGACCGGUAUAAACGGUACGGACAUCCGGAACUUCCAGCUGGACCUGACGCCCCCGCCCGAUGUAGUGAUGCGCACCAUGCCCGGGACCAGCGAGGGCAUGAACGUACUGGGCAUCGUCAUCUUCUCUGCCACCAUGGGCAUCAUGUUGGGCAGGAUGGGCCCUAACGGCAGCGCGUUGGUCAACUUCUGCCAAAGUCUUAAUGAAGCCGUGCUCAAAAUAGUGGCCAUCGUUAUUUGGUAUUUUCCAUUCGGGAUCGUGUUCCUGGUGGCGGGGAAGAUUCUGGAGAUGAGUGACCCGUCUGAUAUGGGGAAGAAACUGGGUUUCUAUGCCAUUACUGUGGUGAUGGGUCUGAUCCUGCACGGCCUGUUCAUCCUGCCCAGCAUGUACUUCUUCAUUACCAAGAAAAGUCCUAUUGUUUAUAUCAGAGGAAUCCUACAGGCCCUGCUCAUCUCUCUCGCCACCUCGUCCAGCUCCGCUACCCUGCCCAUCACUUUUAAGUGCCUGCUGGAGAACAACCACAUCGACCGGCGCAUCAUCCGCUUCGUCCUGCCCGUCGGUGCCACCAUAAACAUGGACGGUACCGCGCUGUACGAGGCUGUAGCAGCUAUCUUCAUCGCCCAGGUCAAUAACUAUGAACUGGACUUCGGUCAGAUCAUCACCAUCAGCAUCACUGCUACAGCAGCCAGUAUCGGUGCAGCUGGCAUCCCACAGGCUGGCCUGGUCACCAUGGUCAUAGUGCUGACCUCUGUUGGCCUGCCGACUGAUGACAUUACACUCAUUAUUGCUGUGGAUUGGGCCUUGGACAGGUUCCGCACCAUGGUGAAUGUGAUGGGUGACGCCCUGGCUACAGGAAUCAUGGCACACAUCUGCAGGAAGGACUUCAUGAAGGAAGGCGAUGGAGUGCCUCUGAUCUGUGAGACGAAGCCCAACAACAUCCAGCAGCUGAUGAACUGCCAGCAGAACAAUGGAAGUUUUCAGCCGCCACCAGCAGGGGGCAAAACCGAGCUCAUCGCCCCGGACGUUGCUCGUCUCAUGCAGUUAGAGGAAGGAGUGCGACCCCCUCAUCUGGAGCGCAAAAAGCCCCCGGUGCCCCCACGGCACCUCAAACACAAAGAUAAAGAGCACUGCACUAUCGACAUGAAUGGCCUGGAGACCAACGUAUAG